AUGAGCCUUCACACCAUUACCAUCGACCACGCCGCACGUCGCAUCCCUAAACCCUUCUCCCAAAUCUUUCUCCUUCUCGAAUUCCCCACGGAACCUAAGACUAAGGCUUCUACAGGCCAGCUCCGAGUCGCUGGCUCAAACCUGGCUCUGGGAAGAAAGGGCCCCGAUACACCUCCACUUAAGAGCCUCGCAGGAUUUACGAUGGGUGUAUCUUCCAGAAAAUCUCUUCCACUUCCUGCCCCUACCGAAACCGAGACUAAUACCACGCCCACCGAACUCACCGAAACGGAGGACGUGGUGAAUCCCGGCGACGAGAAGUCAUCCUACUCUAUUCCUGAAGACGGAACUCCCGUCACCAUUGCUACCCGUGGACACAAAGCCAGCAAGUCUCAGACCUCCUUGCUCAUCGAAUACUUCGAAGGCGGCAAAUCUACCGUUGGUUCAACAGGCGAACGACGCCCCAGCGUUCGUGUUCGUUUGACACCAUCAAAAAGAGGUCGCGCCGACCAUCACAUCCAAGUCACAGAAACAAAAGGCGCUCGUAACACAUCUGUGACUCGACGAAUACCCCUAGGUGACUCUGAACUCUACGACGGAGACGACGGCGACAGUAUGACAUCGUACGCCUCUGCCACCGAGGAGUCGAACGUUUCGAGAAAUCCCAUCGAUAUUGAGAUUGAUCGCAGCAGCCAUAGACGUCGACGACCGGCCAGUCCACUGAUUCCCUCAGAGACUUACAACGUCAACGCCUCAGAUAUCUCCGCUAUUCCAUCCGAUAGCUUCCUUGACGGCCCAGGUAACACCACUGACGCCAAGGUAGACAGCCCAACAGAAACCCGAGAUAUGGCUGCAGCUGUUGGCAUUGGUGCACUUGCAGGUGCUGCCGCGGAGGAGGUGAGGAAUCGCAAGAGCCGAACCAGAGACCGGUCAAAAGUGUCGGAGACAAAAUCGUCAAGAGAUAAGUCGACCGUGGAUAGAAAGCGUCGGCCAAAGAGCAGGACCAGCAGCGUUUCUGAGCGGACGGAGGAGCCUAUUAAAACACAUCGCCGUCGCUCGAGCAGAAGCCAACAGGAAUCUAAUGUGUCAGGACUUGACUCGAAUGUCUCAGCAUCUCAUCUGGCUCCCAGCCAUCGCACCCACGCAACACAUUCCUCACGAUCAGAUGUCUCCAAAUCGUCAAUAAACAACCCCAAGCUGCUGGAGACCGUCGAAGACGCCAUUCGCCGCCUAAUAUUACCCGAGCUUAAUGCUCUCAAGCGAGAGAGUAGUAAGAGGGAGGGCCGCCGCGAUUCUUUCUCAUCCGCCACAUCAGUAUCGAAGGAUGAGUUGACCCCCGACCGCCGGCGGUCGUCAGGUCAACGGAGUGAAACAAAGGAUCGGCGCAAUAGAGAGGCUCGUCACGUCCUUGAAGCCAACUCUGAUUUGAGCCAAGAUUCUGUGGAAGACGAGUACAAAUACGAGAAUGAGCCAUUUACGCCUAAGCGAAACGGCGGCGAUGCGCUCAAAGCUGCCGCAGCUGGUGCUGCUGCUGCUGGUAUCGCCUCAUCGCUUCUAUCCGACAGUACCCAAGGUGAUCGAAAGCCAAGGGAAAGACGACGCCGAAGAGCCGAAUCUGCUCACAGUCGUGCUAUGAGUCGUGACCCAUACGCUGACCAGUACGAUGACGACCGUAUGGUUCCCCAACCCCCAAUGCCUCUCAUGAGUGAAAUCAACCCUUCAGAGAUGACAAGGACUUCCAUUCGAUCUGCCGAUGAUGACAGACCUCAUUCGGCUAGCGAGGAGAUCACACCCGUCAAGAACAUUCCUGGCGGGUAUGUCUCCGGAGCCUCAACACCCACACCAUCAGCUACCCCCUCAAAUCUUGGGAACACACUAUCUACUCAGCACGCCAACGUUUCUCAUGGUGACUUGACUGCUCUACCACGUGGUCAGAAGGACUACGUGGAAGAGUAUGAAACAGACGAGUACGGCCAGAAACAUCCUCUCGAGCGCCAUCAGUAUGACGAUGAGGAUGACGUUUCUGAGAAUGAUUAUCCCGAGGGCGGAUAUGAUAACUCCUAUUUCGCUACUCAGGAUGUGCCUCCUCCUCUGAAGUAUGUCCCUUACCAGGCAGGUGCCCGAGGCCUCAGCCCGAUUCCUAGCGUCUCCGGUUACACAGAGGGUGGAAGCGAGUAUCAUCCUCGCAACUCAAGGAGCAUACACUCUACGAGCGAUGCUUACUAUGAGCAGUCCGAGAAUCAUCAUGCCAAUCACUCUACAUCUUCGUUGAACUCCCUUCAACAAAGAGAACUUGACCAGAUGUCGCCUCAAAGCUCUGGUAUGGAUUACCGCCACACCAACUAUACCGACGAUAGCGAGCUGGAGAAGGUUACUUCAGGACAAGCCGUCCGGGGCAUCGCUGCUAACCCUAAUGUUGUUCACCCUCCUAUGGGCCCCGAAUCAGCGGUUGCUUCCCUAGUGGAGGGCUCAAUGAUCGACCAGUCCAUGCUGAGUGCUUCUUACAACGACUACCACGGCCCCCGUGACUCAACACUUUCUUAUGAUGAUCAGUCAAGAACCUACAGCAGCCGUGGUGCAAGCCCAGAGAAGCAGUACCUUGAUGGCAGCGAGCUGGAACCUGAGAGGCACGCUUCACCUAGUGCUAGGUCAAACAACAAGUCGCAAGAGUUCUCUGAAUAUGAUCUGGAUGAGCAUGGCCGCAAAGUGCCUCGAACACGAUCGCCCACUGCUUCUGAAGUGGCUAUUGCUACCGGCGCUGUUGCUGCUCUCAAGGCCGCGCAGGGCAAGAAGCAAGCAGUCACAGAGGAGGAACCCGAGGAAUACCAAGGCGCUGGCGUCUUCCGAAACAAGUCUUUCAAGGAGCGCACCUUGGAGGGUCAUGAGCCUCGCAACACUCCCGCUCAUAGCAUCGACCGCCUCUCUUACGACGAGUCACCCAAAUUGGCCGCUACUGGUAUGCCUGACUUCCACAACCCCAUGCCUGAGUUUGGCUACAUGGAUGACGAUGCUUUGACCAACCCAUCCGUCGUGCAAGAGCGUCUCGAUGGAGAGCACCGCGAUGAUGUUUCCGAUGGCCGAGUAACACCCACUCCUCGAAGCAUUGCCGAACAGCGUGCCGAGAGUGCUGCCAGCAGCCAUGGACCUGGUGCUCAAGACCAAGAUGAGUGGCAACGUACUUCCGACGACCGUAAGCGAGAUACCCUUGUCACCAACCCAUACGAGGAUACCAGCCCGGUUGCCAACCCUGCCCUCAACGAUAACCUUCUGGGCACUCGCGGCUAUGGAGCCCCAUACCACACCGGAAGCCCUGGCUUUGGUCCCAAGUAUGAUGAAGGUUACAUGUCCAAUGGCAACAACCGAACCCCCGACCUUCAGUCCAAGGGUCAACCUCUUCAACUGUCUUUGCCUGGGUCUCCUAACGCCGCUGGCCAGGAUCCCUUCUACGCCCCCAAGGAUGCUCGCCAUAUGAGCGGUAUGUCUCAAGGCAUGGCCUCACCCUUCUACGAUGCGUCUACUGGUCAAGGAAUCGACCGCAUCGAGAACAAGGACAUUGUUGCUCUCAUGCAGCAUCUCAUGGUCCGGGAUGCUCAACGCAGUGCCCGCGACACGGAGAUUGUUGCACUGCUCAUGAACUCAGCUUUGGAGAUGCGAACCUCCAUGAACGAGCUUAGAACCCUCGUUCAGGACACUAGCGACGACGUCAUCUUUGCUGGUGUCGAGAACACUGAAAAGCUUCAGAAGGCUAUCAACGGCCCUCGCCCCUACCCAGGAGCCCGAUCAAUCCAGAGCAUGUCCCAGGUUGACACCUUGAAUGAGGCCGCUGCCAAGAAGAACCUUUUCAAGCGAGCGUUCCAGGGUCUGAGCAACAAGGGAACCAGCGACUUUAAGCGUAUUGAGGAGAUUCUCAUGCAGAUUCUUGGUGAUGUCGACGAUCUGAAGGGACAAUCAGCUGUCCCCGCAGCUUCUACUAGCGGUGGACGUGGUUCCUCUUUCGACAACUUGCAGCCUGAGGGACAGUUUGAGCAGGAUCGAGGCUAUGAGCCCGAAGGCAACUCGACAAUUACCCCUAGCCAGUCGGGACACUUCUCUCUUUCCCAUUCGCGAUCUCGUCUCGCCAAUGAGCGUAGAUACUCCGACAACCGCAUUAGCACCGUCGCCGAGCAUGAGGAUGAAUAUGAGCAUGAUCAUCCCAGCCCAUCUGGAGAGCGAAGUAACCCCAACAUGUUGACUCCCGACCGAACAGGCAUCCAACGUGGCAGCUCUGUUCCUCUCGACACCCCUCCUCAACCCUCAGGUGUUACUCAGCCCAUGAGCAACGAAAAUACUCCUCGCACAACAGAAAAGAAGAAGAAGCACAAAUCUGGCCUUUCUGGUUGGUUCCCCAAGAUCUCCAGAUGGUCUGGAACGACAGCCUCUAGCGCAGGCAACGGCAAGAAGGAGCCCAAGUACGACGAUUACCCUCCUUCUCGCUCUGGUUCCAGCCAGGGCUCUUACAACGAUGGAGAUUACAGCCAUGCUCCUUAUGGCGACGAUCAGCUCCCUGCUGGAUUCCCACAGCAGGAGCUCCCCUCGGCACCCGAUGCUGCCAUGCCAGCGCCUGUUCGUCGUGAAAUCACCCACACUCCUGGUGACGCACCCAAGUACAAGGUUCACAGAAACUCGCUGAAUCUUCAACACCCCCAGCCUAGACAGGGCGCAACGGAGCGCUUCCGCAACGCUCUUGAGUUCUCUGCCCAAGAAUACAAUGUUCCAAUGACGCCUCGGUCGGCAGACUGGGGUGGCUCAGUAUCCAGCUUCAACCAGAUGGGUCAGAACACCAACCGAUACAGCCAAGCAUCCUCAACAGGUGCUCCUCAGGAUCCAUCCUACUGGACCACAUCCCCUCCUGGCCCUCCUCGACCCCCCAAGGAGCCUAUCGAGCCUACAGGCAGCCCCUCGGCUAUGUCUCCCCAAAGGAGCAGCCGCAUCUCCAAGUUGGCUAAGGGUAGCCCUGCGCCACACCCAAGUGACGAGAGCGGAUAUGCGACCAUGAGUGGUACUCAUGUCAGCCACUACUCAAGCAGCCCUAAGCCUGAGAACCGUAACUUGAACACUGCUUUGGGUGUCCCUACUCGACGACCCAGUGGGCCACGAGCCAUGACCCCAAAGAGUCCCGAGGACGAAUCUCGCCGACGCAAGCGAGACACAUUUGGUAGUGUUGCCUCCCAUAACACGGACGACACGGAUACCUUUUAG